CCGCUCGUCCGCUACGUCGUCGCACACCCGGUCAAGACCGCGUUCCACAUCUCCAGUUUUGUCAUCUUGCUCAUCCCCGGCUCGGUCGCGGCACCUGUGCUCGGCAUGCUUGGCUGGACGGCUGGCGGAAUCCGAGCUGCUUCAUUCGCGAGCGCACUGCAGUCGGGCAUGGGGGCAGUGCAAGCGGGCGGCGUGUUCGCGACGCUCCAAAGCGCGGCCAUGGGCGGGUAUGGCGCCGCUGCGGUGGCGGGGACUGUCCAGGCGGCGGUGGUGGCGGCGGAGGGUGCGGCU